AUGUCAUCCGACUACUCGCACGACCAGCCGUCACACCAACAGCCGCACCUCCAUUCCUCGCAGCCGCAAAUCCUCCGACCCCUGCCGCGCCGCCCCUUCGAGCUCAACCUCACGCCCGCCACCAGCUCGUCCAGCGCCAGCUCCCAGCCCUCGCCGAACCCCAACGGCGUCGUCGCCCCCAGCAGCCGCAACGACGCCUCGUUCCCCUCGUUGUCCGCCCAGCUCGAUGCCCGCCUCAACAACCGCUCCGCCACCCCCGCCGGCCUGGACGCUGCCGCCGACGACUCGGACGUGAAGCGCAGCCGCAGCAUCUUGAACCUGACCGCGAGCACCCUGUUCGGCAUCUACCAGCCCACCGCCGGCGAGACCGGCAGCGAGCCCCCCACGCCCUGGGGCACCGGCGCCGAGACGCCCGCGUACGUCGGCGGCGGGGCCAGCAGCAGCGAGCUGCGUGAGUGGGAGUACCUGCGCCUCGCCGGCCUGGGGUCGCGGGACGCGGCCAACCCGGCGCCUCCUCCCUUCCAAUCAAGGAGCGUAUCAGGACCGGCCAAGCGUGUUGCCAGUACGUCUUCGUUGGAUGCCGGGGCUGCUGUGUCUGCGGGCUCGCCGAGAGGAUCGUUCGUUGACGGAGCUGCUGCGGAGAAGGGCGGAAGCAGCGUCUUGGGGUUGGUUGCGAGGGGAGUGGCGUUGUUUGGGUUCGGCGUCGUUUACGGUGUCAUGAUCAGCCACUUGCACGACAAUAGGCACAUUGCGCCAGUAAGGGUGGAGGGAAUCGACCGCGGGCAUUGGGGCUACCUCGCUUUCUGGGGGUUGGCCGGCGUGGCUUUGGGGAGCGCGCUGCCGUGGGUGGAUCUCUUUUGGGAGGGGCGGAAAGCGGCUGCGGUUGCGGACGUGAAGGGUAGAGACGGGAAGAGGAAGAUCAAGGGACAGGUUCCGACUGUGGUGGGCACCAGAUCGCGAGAUGGUGCGAGUCAGGAGUGGAACGAUGUGGUGAGAAGUGUGGGUGCGUUUGUGGGGAUUGCUUUCGCGAUUCGCAAACUUCAAUGGCAAUCGACGACCCAAAUCUCGGUCACGUUAGCCAUGGUCAAUCCGGCCUUGUGGUACCUACUCGACCGCAGCAAACCCGGCUUUACGCUCUCGAUGCUCGUCGGCAUCACCGGCACCGCCAUCAUGCUCCUCAUGGGCCAGCAUUCGGACUCGGUCGCCUUCAUCCCUAGUCCGCCCAUCGUCGGUGGAAGCGGACCCAACUCUAGCGUCCGCCUGGGUGCCAGAAUUACAGGGGUCAGUGGUGCGGGCGGUAUAGGCGGAUCGCAGGGUGAGUACGAGAGCACGGUCGGAGUGGCCACAUGGUUCGCUAGCGUGCUGUUUUGCAGCUGCGUGUGCUUCGGGAAUAUCGGAAGGAAGCUGGCCCUUCAGGGGUGA